CAGGCCAUACCUGAUAGUGCUCGGGGCUUUUUCCUGGCUCUGUGCUCAGAGAUCACUCUGGAAGAGCCCCUGGGGGACCAUAUGGGGUGCCAGGCAUUGACCCAGAACUGUUGGAUCCCCAGUCCAAGAUGAAGCCAGUCCAGUUUUGCUUCCUCUUCUGCUGCUGGAAAGCACUCUGCAGCUACAGCUGUGAGCUGACCAACAUCACAAUCACGGUGGAGAGAGAGGAAUGCCGCUUCUGCAUCAGCAUCAACACCACCUGGUGUGCGGGUUACUGCUUCACCCGGGAUCUGGUAUAUAAGGACCCAGCCCGGCCCAACAUCCAGAAAACAUGCACCUUCAAGGAGCUGGUGUACGAGACAGUGAGAGUGCCUGGCUGUGCUCACCACGCAGACUCCCUCUACACUUACCCAGUUGCCACUGAGUGCCAUUGUGGCAGGUGUGACAGUGACAGUACUGACUGUACUGUCCGAGGCCUGGGGCCAAAUUACUGCUCCUUCGGUGAACUGAAAGAAUAAGGAAUGAUAGCCAUUCUGGACUGCCCACCCAUGUCCUGAAGGACAGACAUACUCAAAAGUAUGAGCGUGCACAUGUGCCAGGCUACAACCACUGUGGAUGAGGGAAUUCCCUGCUCUCCCAGCAAAGGUGGCAAUGUAGGAAUGGAGAGUGCCUGGGUGACAAUUCUGUCAUCACUGGUCUGCUUUCUAUGUUUUUUCCAUCUUAACUCACAGACAUGUGAGUGAUUUCCCACUUGAGCUUAGAAAUCCUCAAGAUAUGCCAUAAGGUCAAAGAGCUGGGGUGGCAAGUGGGGGUCAGGGGUACUGAAGAUAGGAGUGGGUCAACAACUAAGUGGACAAGUCUUCUGUUAGAUCCUUGAGUUCAUUAGCAUUUCUUCAUGAAGGCGGUCUUCAAUGCCUUAGUACCUUGCAUGGAAUUUAGCAAGACUCUCAAAAAACAGCUAUCUUAAAGAUCUUAAGAUCAGGAAGAGGGAGUGCAAGAAGUCACUGAGGUGAGCUGGUUUGACACAAUCCCCAGCAAGGCCAGUAAUUCCACAGAAAGGGAAAACAAUUGGUUCCACCUCUCCUGGCCCCUCUGGUUUGUAGAAUAUUAAGACAGGAUGCUUCUCUUUGAACUGUUCACUGACUGCAGAGUUAGCACAGUAUCCUACUUCUACCAAACCUAUUAGGGGCAAAAAAUGAGAGAUAUUCAAGUAGGCCUGUGAAAAUUAGCCUACAUCAUUUCAUCACUUCAACACAUUGAACAAAUACUGCCAGGAUCCUGCAAACUGCCCUUUGGGGAAAAGGAAAAGAAUAUCUCCAACUGCCCUCCACUGGAAUCCACUCCAUUGAACAAAAGGGAAUUUAAAACAGACUUGAAAGCAAUUUCAUCAAAUUAAUAAGAACACUUACCUAUCUACACAUAUGUCUGUGGAAAGGAAGUAGUUCUUUUAUGAAGAAUUAUACAUGAUUAACAAAACGUAUUGCUUCUUAGAAUUCUCUAUAUCCAUUCUUUCUAUAUUUUGAUCUAUCCAUAUUUUCCCCAAUCUAUGAUUCUUUGGAGAGAUAUAUGGUGAAAGUGUUUCACAAGUGUACUUCUUUUCAAGAUGUUAUAUGUCUUAGCUUUGUUUAAUACUCAUAUUUUUCACAAAUUUAUUAAAUCUUAUUUUUUUAAAUAGACAACUAGGCACCAGAGUCAUAUAUUUGGAUUUUUCACAUACAAUUUGAUCAUUUACAUGUAUGUUUAUUCAAAAUGUUAGUAGAUAGAAUCUUAAAAACAUAUUCCUUAUGCUUGUA